ACUCUCUUCAGGUCUCUCCCAAGCUUCUAUGAAAUAGAUAUAUUUGACAAAACAUUUAUGGGGAAGAGUACUUCUACUUACAUGCUCACGAUAGCUUUCCUUCCUCAUAAUAUCUGGUGCAGAUAUUAAAAGAGUGCCAUUAGAACCCAAAAGACAUGUCAGAGAAGAUAUUUCUAUGUUGACACAGAGGAAAGUUUUACAUAACGAAGAUGAAGAUCAUUUGGAUAAGACACUUUCUAUUGAUACUGCCAAAAGUUCUUCAGACUUUGAAACUAUCCAAAUUCAGAAAAAAGUUUGUAAUUAUGCUAAAGGAAAAUGGGUUGUAGAUGAUAGACGGCCUUUGUAUUCUGGGUUUGGUUGUAAACAAUCGCUAGCACCAAUGUGGGCUUGUAGUUUGAUGCAGCGUCAAGAUUUUGCAUUUGAAAAGCUAAGAUGGCAACCGAAAGGCUGUGAAAUGGAAGAAUUUGAAGGGCCAAAGUUCUUAAAACGGAUGCAAGACAAAACUUUAGCUUUUGUUGGAGAUUCAUUAGGUAGGCAGCAAUUCCAGUCUCUAAUGUGCAUGAUCACAGCUGGUAAGGAUAGGUCAGAUGUCCUAGAUGUGGGCAAUGAAUAUGGACUUGUCCUACCUCCAGGCAGUACAAGUCCUAAUGGUUGGGCAUAUCGAUUUCUCAGCACCAAUAUUACUGUCCUGUACUAUUGGUCUUCAGGCCUCUGUGAAUUGGAACCUCUUGAUGUCAAGGACCCGCAAACAGAAUAUGCAAUGCAUCUUGAUCGACCUCCAUCAUUUUUGCGCCAGUUUCUGCACAAAAUUGAUGUCUUGGUUCUGAACAGGGGGCAUCAUUGGAAUAGAGGGAAACUCAGGGCUAACAGGUGGGUUAUGUAUGUUGGGGGUGCACCCAACACCAACAAGAAGAUAGCAAAUAUGGGGAGAGCCAAGAAUUUCACAAUCCAUAACACUGUUAAAUGGCUAGACUCUCAGGUCCCAAAGCAUCCUCAUCUGAAUGCCUUUUAUCGGAGCAUCUCCCCUAGGCACUUCGUAAAUGGAGAUUGGAACACAGGAGGGAGUUGUAACAAUACCAAACCUAUGUCUAUAGGUAAAGAAGUAUUACAAGAAGGGUCUAGUGAUCAUGCUGCUGUCAGUGCUGUAAGAUGGACAGGGGUUAAACUUCUGGACAUAACUGCUUUGUCUCAGGUGAGAGACGAGGGUCACAUAUCUCGGAUCUGUAUUACAUCAUCGCCAGGAGUCCAAGACUGCUUGCAUUGGUGUUUGCCUGGUGUUCCGGACACAUGGAAUGAAAUCCUUUUUGCACAAAUUUAGUCAUAAAUAACUGUUAACGAAUGAAGAAUUUUUGCAGCAUGACCUGAGACAUGAAAGUGUUGCCUAUUCCUAUCUUCAAAUGGGCAUUACUUUUGACGGCGUCCUUCAAUCACAUCUCCCAUAAAAAGGCUUCCUCGGCUCAUUUUUGUGAUAUAGAACCCCUAAUUUUGGUGGUUCAUGUAUUUAGAGAUUUAGUUUCUAGAAUUUUUGUAUUGGAGUAAAAUUUAGCCUGACAUUAGGUACUGUACAGUGUACAGUCUCUGAGGAAGGCAAAAAGCUUACAUGGGAUAGAAAAAAUAAGACUAAAAAAAUGUGAUAUAGAGUUGGGUAUUGGAGAGAUGACAUCAAGCAGAGUUUGUCGUGUCUGUAAGGAGCAGAGGUGGUGUUCUUAUAUAUUUGGCUGGCGGUAAAUGCUUAAUGGUAGCCCAAAUAUUUAGAGAGAAUUGAAGCAUUCCUUUUUCUUUCAUAUUCUGUUGGAGGAUUAAUCGUCUGAAA